UUUUGUCAACAAAAGCCAACAUCAUCAUCACCAACUCUUUAGAUUCUCCCCUCUCUCUCUCUCUCUCUCUCUCUCUCGCUGGGAGCUUCCCAGGUCCGGCACUGAACAAUGCAUCACGCCUACAUCACACCCUCCCAAACCCACCACCACCACCAUGGCCACCUCCCCGCCGCCCCCAAAUCCCCCUCUGCCCCUCCCCCGCCGCCGUCCUCGACUUUCACGGUGAUCUGCGUGCUCCACUCGCUGCUCGCGCUCUUCUGCGGUUCCCUGAUGAUGUUCCACGCCCAGGCCUUCUACUCCCUCGGCCACGGCACCGACGCUGCCGACCGCCUCCUCGGAUCGACCCCACAGGACCGGCUCCUGAUACGGACCUCCGACUCCUUCGCGGGCCUGCUGCUCCUCGCCAUCGGGCUCCUGCUCCUGAUGGUGUCCAACAUAAAGGACCGGGAGUUCCAGGACUUCUUCGCCAAGGGGUGCACGGUGCUGCACGUGAUCGUGGCGGUGUGGAGGGUGUCCUUCGAGCGGAGGGUGGAGGACCUGGCCGGAGACUGCCUCCGGCAGACGGUGGGAGACUUCUUGCUGGCUCUGUCGUGGGUCCUCUUUGUUGUCUACUCCUGGAGGGAGAAGUACGACUGACCCCGAAAUGGAAUCUCGUGUGUUUUUGCUAUUUUCCUCUUAAUUUUGGCCAAAAUAAGGUUUUAGUGUAAAGAAGGAAAAAACGGAUUUUGAGUUGUUUUUCUUUUUCAGUUUUGGAUCUUCUUUUGCUUUGGGUAAGUGGGUGUCUGUGAAGAUGCUGGAUCAUGACCUGUGUUAGCGUUGUAACAUCUGAGCUCUUUAAGGAAGGUAUAAGAUCUUGGGAUACCAUCUGUAUACUGUAGAUAUGCGGUACUUGACGAUCUUUUUAACUAUCUU